UAGCUAGACCGUCAUCGUAUUAGUGUCGAUGUUAUACUGACAACCCGGCUUUAAACACCACUUCUCUGGUGCUAAAAGUGAUGUGUCCAUAAUGGAGGCAGAUUUGAUCAUGCCGAGCGACUCCCAAGGAUAUCAGAAUGGCCACAAGGACAUGGACCCAAAGAGUGUUGACGACGAGCCCCUUCUCAGACAGAACAAAAGGCGAUUUGUCAUCUUUCCCAUUCAGUAUCCUGACAUGUGGAAAAUGUACAAACAGGCACAGGCUUCGUUUUGGACAGUUGAAGAGGUAGAUUUGUCAAAGGAUUUGGCCCACUGGGAAAGCCUGAAGCCUGAGGAAAGACAUUUUAUAUCCCAUGUCUUGGCUUUCUUUGCAGCAAGUGAUGGCAUUGUCAUUGAGAACUUGGUGCAGAGAUUCAGUCAGGAGGUGCAAGUUCCAGAGGCCCGCGCUUUCUAUGGCUUCCAGAUCCUCAUUGAAAAUGUGCACUCAGAGAUGUACAGCCUGCUAAUUAACACAUACAUCAGGGAUCUAAAGGAGAGGGACUGUUUGUUUAAUGCCAUUGAAAUCUUGCCUUGUGUAAAAAGAAAAGCUGACUGGGCCCUGCAGUGGAUCUCUGAUGCAACCUCUACAUUUGGGGAGAGAUUAGUAGCAUUUGCAGCGGUUGAAGGAAUCUUUUUCUCAGGAUCUUUUGCUGCCAUCUUCUGGCUGAAGAAAAGAGGUUUGAUGCCUGGACUCACCUACUCCAACGAGCUCAUCAGCAGAGAUGAGGGUUUGCACUGUAAUUUUGCCUGCCUUCUGUACAGCCACUUGUUGAAAAAGCCAUCAGCCAACAGAAUAAAGGAUAUUAUCACUAAAGCUGUUAGCAUUGAACAGGAGUUUCUGACUGAUGCUUUACCAAUUGACCUAAUUGGGAUUAACAGCUCUUUGAUGAACCAGUACAUCGAGUUUGUGGCAGACCGGUUGUUAACAGAAUUAGGAAUACCCAAAAUAUACAACGCGGAAAACCCGUUUGAUUUCAUGGAGUUCAUCUCAUUGGAAGGAAAAACAAACUUCUUCGAGAAACGUGUGGCUGAGUAUCAACGGUUUGGAGUAAUGUCAAAUACAGUGGACUCUGAAUUCACUCUCGAUGCAGAUUUUUAAAGCUUUAUACAGUUACAAAUAGUAAAUUCUUUUUACUAGAAAGAGUCUACAUUACUAAAAUAAAAGUAUUUUUACAGAGCCAGUGAAACUUUUACAAGCAAAGUUAAUGCAACUGUGUCAGUGUUCUUUUAUUUAUUUGUUUUUGUUGUGUUCCUGGACUCUAGACUGUUUUUAUUUAAUUGCUUUUAAACUGCUGAAAAAUGUAUUAAUGAGUGAAGAUGAAUGCCAAAGGUGCAGAUUUAUUAUUAUUGAGUGUUGAGUGAAACAGUAAUUAUAUUUCUAUUUCAUUAUUUUGUUCAUAAAUAGUGAUAGUUUUUCUCAUGGUAUUUUGUUUAAACCAGCUUAGCAUGUUGUUAAAAUAUGUCUAAUCUGGUCCUUGCUUAUUGUUGUUACAUAAAAUAAUGUAAGGUCAUUAUCGGAAAGCUGUUAAUCUUUUACGCUAAAUGUAUUUUCUCAUUGGUCUUAAUGUUAUUUGAUUUACAGGAAAACGAUGGCUUAUUCUGAAAAGUGUACUUUAUUUAUGCCUCUGAUCCAGUGUAUUCAGUAAAUUAUGAAAAACAAACAUUAAAUAGAGAUUUGUA